UGUCGGACUUUGCAUUUGCGUGGAAUUUAUCGAAUACUACUGAAGUACACAUAGAUACUGUUCAGAAGUUCUUAAUUAAUGUAAGUUGCAUUCUGGGAAAUUUACGGUGCUAACAAUAGUUAUGGAACGCGUAAAUUCAUUACGUUGUCCAUGACUCAGCCAUGAGAAAUGCUAAGGAAAAUAUAAAUGCACUGCAGAGGAUUUAUUUAAGAGGAAAUCUUGAUCAUCUUGGAGAAUUAUUCUCAUGAAUUGUAUCAUAAAACACAUGCAAAGUUCAUACAAUUCGAACGGAGAAUAAUUACAAUCAACGACUAUCCAUAUAUAUUCAUUUAGUUUGAUCACUAAAUACAUUCAUUUAGUUUGAUCACUAAAUACGUGAGAAUUUUCUUGUCUUUAUAUAUUUUCACAAGAAUCAUACAAAAUUCAUAUUAAAAAACCUUUCCCUAGGUCAUAAAGAAACCCUCCUUUAGUCGUCCUUAUAGUGAAGGUUAAAGGUCAUAACACAGAAACACCGACAUAAAGUACACCAGUUCUAACGUGUUCACCAUUCCUCGGGGGAUAUUAAACCAAUAUUUGCUUCACACUUUAUUUUUACGUUGUUGAAAUUUUCAGCGAGGAGUUUUCCCUCUUGUAAGCGACAAAUUCUAUAACGGAGACAUUUUUUUCCAUCAACAUCUUCGGUAAUUCUUUUGUCUGAAAACAAUAUUCUUUUGCAGAUUGAUUUUGUUUUCUUUCUCAAGAAAGUCACAACAGACCCUGCUUAUUGAAGGCCGCAAUGACUCCUAUAUAUAAUUGGUUUAAUAGACUUGGGUUUAUCGUAGAUAUUUUCACGAUCUGCUAUAAAAUAUGACGUUUAAACUUCGUUUUGAAACAUUGCCUAUAUGAUUUCUAACAAAGGUUUCGUUGGAAAAAAAAACCCGAUGUUUGCGUCUCUUUUCUAGGUCUAUGAAGUACGCAUAAUGCUUCAGACUCCGUGAUACUUAAAGUUUAAUUGCCGCGACAGAGCCAGUAGUUGAUUUCUACGACUAGUGCAGGAGCGACGGGUCCACCAUAAGACUGUCUGCUAAUCAAAUACUAAACUGCAGAUGAUGUUUUACUCUACUAAAAAUCAAUAGAACUGCCAUCGACACAUCUGUGUCACUGAGUCUACCACCUUGUCGAGGAAUGGGACAAAUUCCUACGAUGAACCGUUUGAACCAAGGUAAACAUUCAUACUCUUUCUAUUGUUUUCUGAUAUAGCUUUUGAUUUGUUCCCAUUGCUCCAGUGAGUGCUUAUGAAUACAUUGAUCUUUCUCCUCACGAAGCAUAGAAAAUUCGACUCGUUAGCAUCUGUCUGAUUACAUUACAACAUUAAUAUUAUAAUGAAUCUAUCAUGAAUGACUUUGGAUUCAUUGGACCUGUUUUGGGAUUUUUCUGGUGACGGUCGCGGGUGAUCUAUGUACCUAGAAACUACAGCUGUUAUUUGAUUUUUAUUGCUCAUACAUUUUUCAUUAGCUGAAGAGAAUGGACACAACAUGCCAUCAAUAGGAGAACUGUUUCACGUCUGAUCUUUACACUUCUUAGAGAAUGGAGACCUAACUGGACCGGUACCGAGUCUGUGGAUCGCGAAAGCUCUGUAUCGAACUGUAGACAGGAUAUGUAGUCAAUAAACAUAUAUAUGAAAGUUGAGAGUAAUGAAUCUCACGGAAUAUUCUACUCACUACGGUCGGCAGAAUCCAGUGUGUUGAAGAGGCGCCAUUUCCACUGGGAGAAUCUCCAAAAACAACGGUCUGGCACGUGAUGCAGAUCGCACUAAUAAAAGAAUGGGCCUCUUUUUCGCCAAAUAGAGUAGAAAUGGCAUCGCGUCACAAUAUGGUAUACCACAGCCGCAGUGUUGUCUAUGGAUGCCGAUCAAAGUUAUUCACAGCAGAUUAAAACUGAAGGACUCUUGGGCCAGACUUACUUUUCAAGCGAUCGUUUUGUCAAUUAAUCAAUGUGAGACGCCGGAUAUGCAGGAUGAGACAACCCAGGCCAAUUUUUCGGACGAAAUUGGUGCAACUCCUGUUCGGAAGAAUGGCCACAUAUCUGGGGAUAGUGAACGGAUUAUCCUUAACGUGGGAGGUGUCCGGCAUGAGACCCAUGUGUCCACUCUACGGACAAUCGCUAACACAAGGCUAGCCAGACUGGCCGAGAGACAUUUAAUGUUGGAACAUAGAAGAGAGGAAUAUUUCUUUGACAGGCAUCCCUCUGUGUUUAACUCUGUGAUAGAUUUCUAUAGAACGGGUGAGCUUCACGUACCUCUAGAAGUAUGCGGGGCUGUGGUUAUGCGAGAAUUGGAUUUCUGGCAGGUGGAUCAACAUAACAUCAAAUCCUGCUGUUGGCGUCACUACCGGUCUUACAUAGAAAACAAACGCAUCCUUGACUCCUUCAACCGCAGUCUGAUAAAGGAAACCUUUUCUGUUGACGUCAGUAAGUUUGAAGGAUGGAAGAAAUUUCAAAUGCAAAUGUGGUUAAUACUGGAACAUCCGAGGACAUCCAAAGUAGCUAUGGGAUAUGGAGUUAUUUCCCUUCUUUUCGUCAUUGUGUCCAUCCUCGGGUUCUGCUUAGAAACCUUACCGGGCCUUCGACCAAGCAACCUUUCAGACAACAACACAUUGAACGAGAACUGUCCCGGAAACAAAACGAAAAUUCUAAAACUCAAGGAAAACGAGGCACUGUACAUUUUAGAUAUCAUCUGCACUGUGUACUUCACAAUAGAGCUCGUCGUAAGAUUCGUAUUUGCCCCACAGAAGUUGAAGUUCAUCCGUUCCGCUAUGAACAUCAUCGACUUACUUGCCCUCGUGCCUCUGUACAUGCAGUUGAUUUUAAACUCUGAUGAAAGGCGCGCUUGCUAUAUGAAUGAGCAGUUGAUUAUUGAAAUCAUGUUUGUGCUACGUAUUAUUCGCAUGUUCCGAAUAUUUCAUUUAGUGAAACAUUAUCAGGCACUAAAAAUAUUGGUGUAUGCGUUAAAAGCAAGUCUUCAAGAGUUACUCAUGCUUGCAAUUUUCCUUAUCAUAGGGAUGCUGAUUUUUUCAUCCUUGAUCUUCUAUGCAGAAAGGCAUAAAAUUGACUCUGGAGAACCUGAAACUAUAACAACCAUUCCAAUGGGAUUUUGGUGGGCGAUAAUCACUAUGACAACAGUGGGAUACGGUGACAAACACCCCACAACAACAGUCGGGUACAUAGUGGGGACUGCAUGCUCCGUCGCUGGUGUUCUCAUGAUCGCUUUAACCAUUCCAGUUAUAUCCAAUAAUUUCACACUUUUCUACACACAUGUACGUUCUAAAGGAGGUACAGGAGCCAAUAUCGUAGGAUCUGAAGAGUCUCUCGAAACGUUUUCCAAUGAUGAUCGGGAUCGAGAAACCGAACCGGACGAAAAACGGAAAUUAUCAAGCGGGUCUUUAGUUGUGGAGGCUUACAUGAACGGUACGCAUGUGAUCAGGAAAUUGACAUCCAAAUCCGGAAGUCCACAAUAUUCGCCGAUACUGAGACGGAUUCCGGAAUCUAGCUCUUUGGUGGAUAUUUGCGACAGACGAAAGUGUAAUGGAGAAUUCGAUCUAAUCAGAAAUAACAGCAGUAAAGCAAAAAGUGAUGACGGAGUAACAUACGCAGGGGAGACAACUCUUUAACGAUGAACUAGUGGUAUGAAUCACCAAUCAAUGCUUUUUUUAUUAUGUCCAUGAUGCAGAGUGAACUUCGUAGAAGACAGCUAAACUCGGAAGUUGCCAGUAUUUGACUGUGCAUACCAAACGAUAGAUGAAGAAAAAUACAUCUUUUAUUAUUAUUAUUAAAUUAUAAUUUUCUUGAAAUGGAAGACAACAUAAAGCUAAAAUUCGAUACAUAUAUACCACAACCUCUGUAAGAAAAAGUAAGUCAAUUUGACUUAAUAUAUGAUCUGAUUUUAGAUUUUUGCUUACUCAUUCAAUUAUAAACUUUAUAUUAAACAUCACAUUAACAUUAUCCCAAAUUAGUUUGAAUUUGAGUAGUUCACAUACUAAUUCUAAUUCAAAAGAAAAUAUGAAUAAGAAAUAACCUCUUAUGAGUGUGUUUUUGCAUUGUUAUCUGUAAAAUGCAAUGCAUUAAAGUUUCCUUGUUUUAAAGGUCAAAACCCAUAUUGUCGAUAAUUCGCUAAGAUAAAAUUUACAAACUAUCUACAUUUUCUGGUUUGAUAUACUAUUGAUACAUUGUCCAUCAUUUCUAUUGUUAUCAAUUGUUUUCCAUUUUAAUGCUAUGCAAGAGUAUUUGGUGUAGUACAAGUUUCUUUUCUUGUAAGAAGUGUAAUCAUGUUUUACCAUAUAUCUCUGCCGGCUCCCUAGUAAGAAUGGUUCAUAUGUACUGUAUUGUCCAUUAAAGUAGUUUACCAAAUAAGGUAUGAGAUGUGUACAAAAUAACGUUUUACUCAAAUUCAGGUGAGGGGGGGGGGGGCAUCGGUAAAAUAGAAAAUGUUCUAAAAACCGUAAAAUUUCAAACUGAAUAGGAAUUAUGUUGAUUUAUCAUUAAAAUUUAAAAACGUGUUAUUUUUUUUAGCUCCGUUGCCGAAUGGUUAGAGCAUCGCGCUCAAAAUCAAACGGCCUCUCGCCUCUGUCGGCGCGGGUUCGAAUCCCACUCGCGCCGGUAAGUGAGAAAGUUUCCCAGUUUACUUUCGGAAGGUCGGUGGUCUCUUCCCAGGUACAUUGUAAAUGGGUUCUCUCUUCCACCAAUAAAAACUGGGCGCCACUAUAUAAUCGAAAAUUUGUUGAGUGUGGCGGAAAACAUCAAUCAAUCAAAUCAAUCCUUAUGCCCCAUGGUAUAAUUUCUUGAAAUAUUUUCGGGUGAUUUAAACUUGUAAAUAUUAUGCUGAUAAAUGAGUACCAGUAUUCCCUAUGUACUGUAUGUGUCAUGGGUUUUCCAUCAAGGCAAAUUACAGACUUCAGUUUUACGUGGUUCAUUAUUCUAAAUACAUGUCCACUCGGUAAAAGUCUCCUGUAUGCUUGGAAUGUUGUGUAGCUAGUGAACAGUCUGUCUGUAUGUAUCUUUCCGUUUAUUGGUGAAUUAUAUCGUGUGACUGAGGUUUUGUGAAUAUUUAUUGAAAAUGUUGAAUUUAAGUUUGAAACGGUUAAUGAUUAAGAUUUUGUUUAGCCAUUGACCCCUUUUAUAAAGAUUUUAUUGAGGAACUGUUUUAUCAACGAACAUUUUAUUGCGAUGACUUGUACGUUAUGUAAAUGCAGGUUCAUAUAUAUCUUUCUUCUAUUUUCAGUUUCUUGUUGGUCUUGUAUAUGUGUAUGUACAUGUAUGGCUUCUUUUUUUUUUCAAAAUGCACGUGGUUGUAUGAUUGUACAGAAAGCUUUAAAUUAUCGAAUGAUAGAUGUCUCACUUCCAAACUUCAUUUUUAUUUUUAUUUACAGAUAAUGGAGGUUUCAGUUUUUAUAUUUUUGACCUCAUUAUGUUGAAUAUUUUGAAUAUGUUUUAACAAUCCACCUAGAACCAUGUUCACAGGUAGCAGAUGGCAAUGUGGAGAUAUAUGUCCGAAGGAGUCACAUGACUUGAAAUAAACAAUAACACGUUUUUUGUGUUUUUGACAGAACGCUCGUUCUUGUACGAUAGAAAUCAUUUUCUUGUUACUAUUGGUGAUGUAGCUUGUAUAUAUAUAUAUACACACAUACUUUUUAUAUCCACUAGUAAGUCCUAUUUUGCUCACUUUGAUAUUGAUCAUACACAUUUUCACACGGUGAUGGAAGUUUUUUAUUUUUUGUGUUUGUAUUUUCUUUUACAGUUAUUUACACGUUGUAGACUUACGCUUUUACUCGGAGAUUUUGUCGUUUCAGACAUGCGCAUUUAUCUAAGUGCACAGACAAUUCAAAUUACCAUUCCACUUGAGAUUUUACAAAUGUUAUACGUUUAUUGUUUGCUGCUUUUAUAUCUCAAUAAAAUUGAGUUGAAAUGCAAAA